GAUUAUAACCUAUUACCCUUUAUAUAAAAGAACAAUAAUAGGUUUUGUAUAUAUAGACUACUCCCUCCUUUCUUUUUACCCUCCGCACCAAACGAACUCUAGAAGGGUCAAAGGAGCAACGGAGAAAAAAGAAAGCAAUGGCUUCUCCGGUGACACUUCCGAUGUCGAGUCCACAAUCAACGGCCAAUAACGGCGGAGCCCAGCCCCCUAUUGCAACCCCCGCAUUCCGUUCAUUUAUCUCACGUUUCUCAUCAUCCAUCCGUCAGGGUUUCGCCCAACGCCGCCCUUGGUUAGAACUCGUCGAUCGCACAUCCUUCUCCCGCCCUGAUAGCCUUUCCGAAGCCGCUUCACGUGUUCGCAAGAACUUCUCUUACUUCCGUGUCAAUUAUGUUACCUUACUAGUUGGCGUACUCUCUCUUUCGCUUCUGUCUCAUCCUUUUUCUCUCCUCGUCCUCAUCGCUCUUCUCGGUGCUUGGUUUUUUGGAUAUCUUUUUAGACCUUCAGAUCAGCCUGUUGUUGUUUUUGGACGUACUUUCUCUGAUCGGGAGACGCUUGGGAUCUUACUCGUGUUCACCAUUAUUGUCGUGUUUUUAACGAGUGUUGGAUCGUUGCUUAUAUCUGCUCUACUUGUUGGACUCGCUAUUGUUUGUGCUCAUGGUGCUUUUAGGGUUCCUGAAGAUUUGUUCCUUGAUGAUCUUCAAGAGCCGGGGGUUAAUGCUGGAUUCCUUUCGUUCCUUGGUGGUGCUGCCUCCUCUGCUGCUGCUGCCGCUGCACCCGCUGUUGCUUCUCGUGUCUAGUAAUCGGAUCUAUUUGAUUAUUAUGAGGUGAUUUGGAUGAUGCAAUUGCGAGCUCAAUCCUGACUUCUUCUGGUUUGGAGGUGGUGAGGUUGAUCUUAAAACUGAGGAUCAGGACAUCAGAAUUCAUCGAUUUUGUGAAACCAUUCAUUGUCAACUGUUUUAACAUCCCCAUUUUUACCAUGUAAGACUCAAUUAGGUAAAAGCAUGGGUAGCCAUAGGCACUUUUGCACCUUGAAACCUGCAAAUGCUUCUAUGAUUUUUGCUCCUAAAUUAAUUUCCAAGUUUUGUGACA